ACAAACAGUCCAGACUUAUAUUACUAAUGCUCUCUCAUUGCCGUUCCAUACACACACACUGGCACGCCGUACUAACUCAUGAUUGCUAACGGAAACUGGCCCAGAGCUCAAAACUUAUCCCACCCUUCCAUUGACUGAAGUAAUACGGAUUUACACAUGUUAAGUGCUGUGGGGUGUCCGGUGGGGGACUUGAUGAGCUCCGAGGGCCCAGAGAUGUGCAGUUUACUGCCGGAUUGUACGGUACCCCGGAUUGUCGUUGUGCUGGAGUGAUAAAGUGGGAACAGAAAGAUCCAUGCCAGGCCUCGUAAGUACGGGCAUCAAGCGCAAACACCAUGCGCUGGAUGAAGGUGGGGGGUGUGACACAAGGGACUGCGUCACGGGCUAUGGUUCCCCUCCUCCAUCACCAGAGAAGUGUUUUUCCUAUACUAUGCAACGAAAAUAUGUGCUGAAUGCCUCCAUUUGUAAACUCCAAGCCACAUGUAACCUCAUAGACCCUUGUCUGCGGCGCUCUGUGCUCAUCCGCAACACCCUGUUCCACAUAGAACAUGAACUACGCGCUGAGGGCAGACAUCGCGACUCCUUCCAACUCUCCACGUUCAUUGCCAGCACGCAGUCCACGUGCACGGACACAGCGGACAAAGACAGGCUUCCUGGCGCUGUUGAGACGGCAAACAGUGUCCUACCCUCACCACCCAGGGACAGUAACAGCAAUCACUUCAAAGACAACUCGACGAAAGGAUUCUGUGCCUACCCUGAAAACAAUGGUCUGCUGAAUAGAAUCUCCAUCCAUUCAUGUGCUAACCCUUCCCCGUCGUUACUGUCGCCGACGUCACCAGGCAGUAUGAACACACAUUCAAAUGUAACUAAUACCGCCAAUUCAGGUAACCAUUCAGCAGCGACAACGACGACGACGACGAGCAACUCAGAACUCCCAAGACUUCCAAACACCAACUCUGAGAUAUUAGACUUUGGCGAUGAACUCUUUAGCGACAUCGACAUGUCUCUAUACGACUUUGACGUAGCUUCGCCUUUUGUAUCCAACCAUAAAGCAUCUCCUGUGAACAGUUCGGAGGACUGGCUACGGCCGGUCUCCGGGGAUUUCUCCUCAUUCAGUGCAGAUGUGAACUCAACAGCUAGCCAGGGUAACAGUUGCCGUAGCGACAUUGGGUGCGACGAGCUUGAUCAAAUUAUGCAUGUCUUAGUGGAUGUGGGAAUGUAACAGAGUGGGUAUCUGAACAGGAGCAGGAAUCUGCAAGCAUGUCAGGCAGGCUGUAAAUUAGAAACACACACAUAUUUCAGAAUGUGCAACAACCAUUUCCUAAUACCAGAAGCCAUAAAGCAAUGUUAAUGCCAUACAAAUGCAAACUUGAGAUUGCAAGAGUAAUGAAAUGCAAUAAACUGGUGUGUGAAUAUAAAUGAAAUUCUGCAUUUCAGGAAAUUUAUAUUGAAACAAAAAUAUCCCCCCUUAUUAAAUUGUUAUCAAACAUCGGCUCAGUGACUUUAUAGGCUCAAAGCUUAUAUGCAUUAGUACCCCCCCCCCUCCACACGCACACACGCACAAAAAACAUGACUGCACUAUAUGAUUUCUUGAACCGCCGCUCAAGGCUCACAAAAGCCUGGAUUUGUGCCAAGGCUUUUUUGUCACUGCUGUCACCAUACCGGGUAGCAUUACACAAAAAUACUGAAGAUCUUUGAAUACAAUGCAACUAUUGGAUUGACCCUUAGAAGUAACCACACACAGGUAUACGUGUCCACUCGGUAACUACGUGUACCACCAGCUAGCUAGUAGUGCUAUAACCUUGGUAUACUGAAGGAUUCCGUCUGAUAGGCUGUUCUUGUUAGUAAGACAACAAAGAACUACCCCAUUGUAUUCAGUACAACUAUUUAGCUUUAUACACAUGUGCAGCGCGACAACAAUAAAACCCUGUCACCCUUGCCGAUGAGUAAUAAUUCAAAAUUGUAGUUUUUUAUUUUAGGCAAACAUGUUAUUACUAAUACACCACUCAGUGGCAAAAACACACACAGACUGAUGUUUAUCUGAUUGGCUUGGAGGGUACCAAUUAUAUUUAGCAGUAACUGUUGUAUGAAUAUCAGCCUACCCCUUACAGUCACUAACUCUCUGUUUUUAGAGGACAUGAAACGGUAAUUUAUAUCUUGGGUCACAGUGAGUGCAGUGAUUGUUAGUUUUAUAGUCUACAUGACAUGCUUGUAGUUAAGUGCUCAUUUUAAGGGUUUUACACAAUGUAAACUACUCACCACAAAAGCGUUUGUGAGUGCAAGUUAAAGAUGUGUUUUGUUUGUUAUUUUGUUGAACUUGAAUACAUGUGACCUUCCAGUAGGCUUGUAUCAAGGUUGGAAUCAUUGUGUUCCUGGUGGCCUAAAAGGAAAGUGCAAGUGUUGAUCUAUUUAUUGGUGGAAACAGUUUACAUUACCAAGUGCUGUUUCAAAGUUACCUGAGCCCAAUUUCAAAGAGCUGCUUAAGCACCAAAUGUAGCUUAGCACAACAUACUUAAUGCUUACCAGAAUAAGGUUACCAGCUUGACUACACUUUCACAUGUACAAUUUGUGACUGGUAUGCUGCUCAUUUCUACUAAGCAGAAUUGUUAAGCAAUCUUUUCUGUGUAAGCAGAUCUACAAAAUUGGUGACUGAAGAAAGAUGGACAAAGAAGGAAAGGUCUGAAUCAGCUUUUAAAAAUAUUUAAAAGCCUGUUUAGCAAAAGUGCUGAGCGUGAACAAACUUACUAAGUGCUUCUUGAAGCGGAUAAAAUAUUAAUAUAUUUUGAAAACAAAUUCCCAUGCUGAAAAGCUGUGGUACAUAUUAAACAUAUCAUCAUGCACCUAAACCGUACAUGGAUAUGUAUGUAAUAUAUAAGGUUAAACACUUCCAAGUAUUUAAGAAACAAAAUUUAGAUGUGAGAAGUUUGCUUCUUUCAUAGAAGAGUCAAAAAAGUUGUAAAUAUUAUAAAGUAAGAAUUAAAUGUCAUAUUUUUAUUACGGUAUGCAAGGAUCUUCCAAGUCAUGCUCUGAUUUGUGGCUUGAAUUUGGAAAAAGAAAAUGUUUUAUGAACUAUAAUAAAUUAUGUAUUGUACAGUAAUAUAUUUCUCAAAUAAUUUAACUUAUACGAAAAAAACAACAAAAGAAAAGAAGUCUUUUUAUUCUUUUCCAAACAACUUGUGCUGCGGAUCAAAUAAUGUAAUUGAUCACUUUCAUUGGUCACAAUUGACGAAAUUUUGACAUUUUUGACAAAAUGUGAUAUUUGUAGAUUAAACUUCCAAAAAAAUAUUGACUGACCAUUUUCCAACAAUUUUUCUUUACGACCACGGACCCUAAGUUAAGCAAAGGACGAAAUAGUUUUUAAAAUGACCAAAAAAAUAGUAUUAUAUUCUUUGAAAUGUUUCGUUACAAAGUUUUUCAGAAUAAAAAACAAAGUAUUAUCGACAACAUUUUUUGGCACAAAUAUUUUACUAAAAUUAAAUGCUUAAUGAUACGAAAUGGCUGCUUGUUGGGUUAGUGGUUUUGGACAAUCAAGGUAAAUGUUACUAAACCUGUGUUUAAAAAAAAAGAAGACUUUUCUACGAAUUUUGAAAAAAAAAAGAAGAGUAUUGUUAGAGAAUAUUUUCGUGUUCAACCCACCAAAUGAAACUGAAUUUUAAAAAUAUGCAAUGAAUUGAAAGGAACUUGAUGAGUACAGAAAAAAAAUCAAAAUGAUGAUAUAGAUGUUUAUGGUUUAACUUUUGAAUGUGAAAUGAAAAAAAUGAGGCGUUCACGGAUGUAUUUUCAAAUGAAAGCGCAGAGAUAGAGAUUAAAGACAAACCAGUUUUUCUUAAUUCAAGUCUUGAUUGGUAAGAAUGCAUUACGCCAACUGAUGUUAUUUGCAAAUACUGCACGUUUAAAGAGCCAGUAAGAUUCCUCUUAAAUCUACCGUGGUGUAAAACACAUCAUUUAUGUGCGCUUUGUUCAUGAAUCAGCCUACCUAAAUAAAACAUUUUUGCAGACAUUCUUUACGCAUGUUACACAUGCAAACUUAAAUAAUGAAGUAGUGUAGUCAAACACAAAUGCCCUGUAUAAUGUAUGAGCCCCAGUCCAAGCGCCCCCCUGAGCGGAGUGUUAUCAUUAAUGAAAGCAUAAGCAGGUUCUGAUGCAAAUUGAUAGUGACACUAUGCGCUAUUAGCAUCCCAUCAAAUGGAUACCAUGCGAUUGUAGAGAGCUGCAGUUCAUACCCUUUUCGUGUUCAUUGUGGAUAGAUCCACAGACUCUGCACUCCAAUGGCAUUGAUUCCUUAAUCAAAUCAGCAUGAGACAAAACCUUGGGAAAGCUAUGGCCCAAAAACGUGGUAAAUAUCACCCUUCAGCUCUAUCAGUAUUUUUGUUGUUUUGAUGAUGCGGAUAGCUUAGAGAAGCAGCUGUUUGGAGUUUUGGAUUGUCUCUCAAUUGGAGCAUUAUCCAUUCAAAUUCUUUCAACUGCAAAGCUUAACUCUGAAGGCACCUUGGUUCUUUCUGUUAAGCUUUGAAAAUCAAACUGGUUCCAUUGUGAAUUUAAGACUUUCGGAUUUUGCCUUUCAAAGUUUUGUUUUUCAAAAGGCUUUCUUCUGUUCUGUAGACAAAUUGUCUAUGUUUAUGCCCCUUGUUAUGAAAACACUUUCAGUAAAAAAGAAAACCAAGUAUGAAUGAUAGAGCUACAUGAAAUAACUUUCUAAAUCCUUUGUACCUAAUGCUUGAUGAACACCAUAACAUUUGAAACCAUAAAAGGUUCUGUGUGUAUGGACACCUUCUUUUCAAAAUAAGACACACUCAAAAUAAAUAUUUUCAUCAAGUAGAACAGUUUGGGAAGCUACUUCACAUGAUUUGUGGAACAACUUUUCAGGUUUUCUCCUUAAGUCUGUAUUGAAUUGAUCAAGGGUAACCCAACCCAUGCAGUGAAAUGUUGAUCCAACUUUUGGUGAGAAAAUAUCCAACAACCUGGGAAAUCAAUUUCUUGCAAGUAACAUUUACAUAAAAACAAUAACAAUUUAUGUGAGAACUAAAUAAAAACAAACCAAAAAACACCCACAUUAUUAUGGGUUAUGAUUUUCUACUGCAACGAGAUCUAGACUUGUUAACAGAAACAAACGGCAUACAAAGGUCACGCUUUGAACAUGAACUUUCUCUGAUUAGGGACUUUUCCCCCCUUUCUGUUCCCUCUACUUUUUUUUACCCCCAUUCCGAUGACUAAUGAUAGCACCAAGUGACUUCUUAGCACAGAAUGGGUUUUUGAAACAAGCGUCAAGUUCCCAUCCCUUCUUAAGGAAGCAGCAAUAUGGGACUCGGGUUGGUUUUGACCCCAGAGUGAGGGUGAUUUCCGUUUGUUGUUGCCCCUCACAAGACGUCUUGGGAAAUUAGAAGUGGCACCCGUGACUGAAUGUGUUGGAUUCGAUGCAAAGUUUAGAAUUUUUUCCAUUACGCAUGCAAUGUUAAAGGGGAUAACAAAACUUUCAGCCUAUGAAGGCAAAAUGAGGUACUGUUUAUGUUGAAAAUGUAACCCUGGAAUAUUUCCAAAGUCUUGAGUCUGAUGUGUGUGAUUAAAACUAUCGGCAUAGAAAUUCACCAAUUCAUCAACAUAUCAGUUUAUUAUCAAGAUAUUGUUAUUAUUAUUAUAAGUGAUUUAGCACAGACAACUGAAUAUUUUUAAAAACAUUAUGAAAUAAUUACAUCCCUAAAAAGAAGAGUACAUCCUCACAAGAGACGAUAACAAACACUUUUAAAGCCCAAUGCAAUUUGUUGCUGUUAUCAGAUCACAUCAUAAACAAAAGUGAUUAUUGAUAUAAAAAAAACCUUCUCAUUCAUGGCCUUCGUCCUCUUGUGGCGUCAUUACUCAUAAGUACAGUUGAUACAUUCCUUAUUAUCUCAAUGCAUAUCAGCAUAUCACCUUGCCUAACAGUAAUUAUCCGCCACACAUCCAAUUAGCAUAUUCCUUUAACAAAUCAAACACAACUUCUCAGUUCCAUGCUAUUUAAAGGAGAAAUUCUCACAGGAUGUUUUUUUUUUCCUUCCCACUUUGGAUUUUUUCACCAAUUGUUGAUGAUCAAAUAAACCCCGUGAAUAUUCAGAUUUUGUUGCACGGAGGUGAUUUCAAUUCCCUGUUUGGCGUGCACACUGAAUCUGCUGGGAGGCAUGCAGUAAUUAUUGGCAGAGGCUGACAGUAGCAUAAUUAAUUCACCUCUAGCCACCGCGCCAGUACACUUACAUUUACAAACGUUGUAGUACAAGUAAUGCAGGCAGAGACCUGGGCAUUCGUCCCUGUCGUCAAAAUGUGGGGACUUACUGCCCGUUGGGUUAAAUGCAUUUCUAAGUGUGUGAAUCUUUCUUGGAACUUAGUUAUUGCACUGUAUAAUGCAAAGAAAUAAUUAUAAUAGAAACAAAAAUCCCUUGAGUUCGUGGAAGGGACAUGUUGCCCGCAUUGUAUUAUGAUGAGUAGCCUUGGCGACUUAGCGUGGAUUACUCCAAAUUCAUUUAUGUAUAUCUGGGAGUGUGAACCUUUAGCCUUGGAGUCAAUGCAGUUACUGUCCUGUGGCAAUAACACUACUGCUGUGCUAAUUACAUAUCAUCUUGGUAUUUACUGUGUGUCACUAGCAAUAUGACAAAAUAUUCAGACACUAUUGAUUUCAUGUCUGAUAAGUCAUAAUACUUUGGAGUAAAAUUAAUCGAUGGAAAAUAAUAUUCAUAUCGGCUCAUUGAAUCUACCCACAAGAAUAUUCCUCAUUGGAAAUUUAUUUGUUUAGUUUUUCCCCUUUUUGGCUUCUAAUGUGUCAUUAAGAUGAUUGUGGAAAAUUAAAAGUUACAGAAAGCUUGGUUGAAAACAAAACAAAAAUCUAACCUGUUCACACAAAGUAAGCACAAAUUUGCAUAACAUUCUCGAUGCAUUUAAAUUGUUACAAUGUAUCUGAGCUUGUAUGCAAAGAAAAUUAAUUUAGCUGUAUUCCCAAUGCAAGAUUUGCAUCUAAAGAGUGUCUGAAACUAUGAAAAUACAUCCACUUUUUAUUGGAUUCUGUGACAAAAGUGGACCAAGCAUUGACUGUUAUCAAAUGAUCCUGUUAUCUGGGAUGAGGUCACACAUUCGCACAAUUGCCAGACACUCUUUGCACUGUGUCCUUGUUUUAAAAUAUUCAGAUGUUAUUACUUAAUAGAUGCAUGGACUAGCCGCCAAUGAUUGGCCAUGUCUGAAUUGGCGGCUACGGCUUAGGCUGGAUAACCAUGACAACGUGUGUUGAAGCAUAGGUUGCUCUUAGAAACAGCUGCAGCUGAAGCCGCUAAUUCGGACAUUGCCUAGAUCCCCAUUAAGUACAAAGUGACAAAGCUGCAGUGUCUUCAUUAAUGAAAGGAAUUUACGAAGGGAUUUAAAGGUUACAGAUUGUGCUGUGUCAAAAACCCAGAUAUUUCAAAUGCAUUUUAAUUUAAGUCUUAUCAGUUGUGAUCUUUUUAUGAUAUCAACAAAAUUUUCAUGUAGAAGUUUCCCAAUUAAUUUAUGAUCUUCCCCCCUUCGAAAUGAUAUUUGAUUGAAUAAUUUAUUUUGUUAAUUAUUUCUAGCGUAAUUUAUUUAAUGUACAUAUUAUUGGUUAAGUUCCGUUUAACAUUUUUAUAGCUAUCUCUUUAUUUAUAAACAUUUGUAUGAGGAAAAACUUGAGUGUUUCGAUCUAUCCGUGAAUGUAUUAUAUUUUGGUUUUUGUUUUAUUGUAACUUCAUUAACUUUAUGUCGUUGAUAAUUAUGUGUAUGCAUCGGAGUGAUACACUACACAUAUCAACACGUUGUAGUAUUUUUACUGUUUCAGUGUGUAGUAACAUUCGUUUAACCACAUUUUGUUACUGUUAGUCCGAUACAUGUACUUUGUACUGCCGGGUUAAUGAUGAGGAACAACAUCAAGAACAUAAUUCCGUCGAAGUUUGUGAUGCAAAGGUUAUUUCGUACCAGGCCUUUCUUAUCAUCCUGAUUCUUUCUAAUCUUGAGGUGCUUUCAUUUUUAAAACGUAAAAGUAGCAACAAAAAUCACAUCUUUGUCUGACAACAACAAAAUAGUUUGUCAAAAAUCGCUGUAACAAAAGGCGAUAAAACAUUUUGUUUGUCACUCUAUGUUCAGUUAUGUUCUAUGCCUUCAUAACAGAUGUUGUUCCUUCCCAUUAUCUUGGCCCCAAUUUCAGCUGCUUAAGUUUGAAGAAGUAGCUAAGCACAGUUAUGAGUGCGUUAGUUUAGCUUCCCUGGGUCGACCCCGUUACGUUUGAUUAGCUUUGACGGUGCUCACCCGGGUCAGCCCCCAGUGCCCUGCUUGUGGAGUGGGUCACUUGGGGGUGACCUGAGGUGCAUGCCAUCACCAGGAGAGGGUCGAGUGUGAUCGUUGGAUUAGCUCUUGUCAGGGGCUCACCCGAGUGAGCACCACGGGGUCGACCCAGGGAAGCUAAUCGAACGCACCCAAUAUUAUGUUUACCAGAGUGAGGUUAACUGCCAUAAUGCCAUACGUACCAUUUGUGACUGGUAUCCUGCUUGGUUUUGUUUUGCUGAGCAGAACAUUUUAAGCAAAGUUUUCUGCUGACGCAGCUUUCUCUGAAUGCCUGUUGAACUUAAUAGUGUUGAAUAACUGAGAAUUAAACUUUGCCCUUGGAUCUUGUGUUGUAAGUCAACUACUUCUAUUUGAAAUGUCCUUGACAUUCAGGAAACUCACUCAGACUCCCUGAUGAACAAUUUACAACCUAAACAGUUAUAGAAUUGCUUUGUGCAUUUUGCUGUCUUGUUUUGUCCAAAUAGUAAACCUAACAGCUGCUCUAAUACUAUGGUAUUGUAAUGUACCUUUUAUUGACGGAUACAUGCAGGGCUGUAAGUUAACUCAGUGUAAGUAACACAUUCUUGAUAUGUCUUUAGUAUUGUGGCUCCCUCAAUCAUGGGAUAUUUGGAAACCUCAUUUUGUUUGUAUUGAUCUGUGGAUGCUAAUAUACAUUACAUAAUGUGAGGUUUCCAUUGAAGUUGUUGUUGCUUGAGGAAGUGAAAAAGCCAGAUUUCAACACUCGUCACUAGUGUACUACUAUACUAGGAAUUCAUUGACGGCCAAAUCCAAUGCAUGACUGGAAGGUUUCGGGGAAACUGUAUGUCUGUGGUCAACAUACGCUGCAUUGAUCAGCAACGGCCAAAGGCUGUAAUCACUUGGAUCUGAUGACCGAAUAUGGAGGCCAAUAAUUAAUUAUGCCAGGUAGAAAUGCGUUAGCCUUUUUGAGGUGUGGUGGCCACUAUAGGAGUGCACUGUUUGGUUUGGGUGAAUACAGACAAAUUUACCCCAACCAAAAUACUUUUAUAGUAAUGCGUCCACCAUAUCUCAAAAUUGCUUAUUGAGUAGUGCAUUGGGUUGCAAUGUUCAAAUUAAAAAUACCGACUGGCACAAGCCAGGAGAUUCUCAGAAGGGAGCGAAUGGUGUCUAUUUUAACUGCAGCAAUAUUCCAAGAAGUCUUUGUGUCAAAUAACUAAACUCAAUGGAUGGAAAGCUACUAGUCUACUCAAACAGAACUGUACAUGAGAUAUAGAUUUUUAGUUGUCGUGGUAUGAAAUGUUGAAAAGUUCCCAAUUGAAUUUGUGAAAAAAUGUUUAUGAAAAUAAUAUUUUGUGCAAAAUUGUUCCAACUCUGUCUUACUCAGUAGGUACUUAUUCUGAAUCAUAUCUUUGAAUCUGUUGAGAAAUUACACAUAUUUGAAUGUACCCGUAUGUUGUUUUUUUUCAGACCAGUGUACGGAUACUCUUAUGAUUCAAGUAAUAAUUUAUCAUAUCAGCAUUGCGAGACUGUUGAGUACUUUUUUAUGAUAAUCUGAAUUAAAUAUGAAAGAAAGAAAGAAAGAGAAAAAGGAAUUUACUGACUAAGACAUUGUUAAAUAAGUGUAUGAAACUGUGGAAUGAAAAAGUGUAUUUUUGAUAUCUUGAGUGAGGUAAUUCUGUAAUUGCAUUGUGAAAGAAAUUGGUUACUUUCAAUUUGUGUCAAAUUGAAGGAAAAAAUAAUAACUUGUUUGUGAAUAUUUUGUUCAACCCAUUUAUAGAAGGCUGAUUUUGGCUCCAAAUUUACAAUGAAUUUCGGGCCAAAUAUCAUGGUGCUUAUACUUAUCAAGGAAUUCAGUGCUUACGGCCGGCACCCUGUAAAGCAUUAUAUUUCUAUGGGCGCACUGUAGUAGCACAGCGUUCAACGGUCAGCAGCUUUAUGAAAUUUUGCCCAGGGCCCUAUUUCAUAGAGCUGUUUAGCACAUGUAGCUAAGCACAACAAAAUUAUGCUUACCUACCAGAAGAAGGUUUGCAGCCAAACUACCAUGUCACAUGUACAAUUCGUGACUGCUAAUCUGCUAGCUAGUUUCUGCUCAGCAGAAAAUCUUAAGCAAUAAUUUUCUGCUUAAGCGGCUCUAUGAAAUAUGGCCCUGGUUAUUAGUUCCUGCUGUUCAAAACAUUGAAUCUUUGUUUGUGUGAAUAGAGUAAGAAUGAAUAGCUUAAUGUAUUGAUAAAUUUAUAAUUAAUUGCUGCUUUUCAGUAGAUUUUGUUGAACAGUUUAGUGUAUUUUUAGGAUGUUUUUCUUGUUUUUUUAAUAAUAUGAAGUUGUAUUAACUUGUUUUGACACUGAUUAUUGCCAUUUACUGUAAAGCAACUUAUCUUUAAAAAAAGUGGCUUAAAGUGAUGUAUUCAAUCUUCAUGAUAAAAUACAUUUAAGAUACAAAGGGUGUUAUUGAAUUAAGUAUUGGCCAAGUGCAAAUUUGAAGAGUAAGUUUUUUUUUCAGCAAGAAAACCUUCAGUUAAAUUAUGUCCCGUUUACUAGCUGUCACGUUACUUAUUAUUUUGAGGUAAAACUACCAAAUUAGAGACCCUGCCCAAGUAUAGUUAAUGGCCACCAGUGAUUAUAUCAGUUUGAUAAAAUACAAGUUUGACAGUUUAUCAAAAAUCGUUUGCCAGAGUGGUGAUAACUGUGGCUAUUAUUUGUGCUUUUUUAAAUUCAAGUUUACUGAUGGCCUGCCAAACUGCCUUCAUUGCCAACUCCUACCCCCUCUUUUUUUAUUUUAUGUUCACCGGUACUGUUUUAAUAUAUAAGUCGUCUUAUCUGGUUGUCUUGGUUGCUGGAAUAGUACCAGCAACUGUUCCAUUUAGUUUCGGCUGUGUAUGGGUUGUGAACAAUAUCACAUUACCAACUUACAGUAUUGUUAAAAAAGAAAUGUGUUUUCCAUGCUGUUGUAACAGCUUUUAAAAAAAUCAUUCAUUUUUAACAACUUGGGAGGGGUAUUUUAUAAGUUAUUAUUAUUUAUUUCAAUUGUUUGAAGAUUUCAAAAUGAAGUACGAGACAUAAUCAUUGUAUUUAUGUGUAAUUUACAAGUAGUCGUCAAACUGGUUAUGUUAAAUCUACUUUUUAAGAUGAUAGUAUUUAAUGGAAUACUUUAAGGCGUUGGUUAUGAUUUAAUUACCAGUGCUUUAACAGCAUUCCUUGUACAGUUAUUGAAUGCUUUGUAUAAAAAUGCACUUAAGGACGUAAGACUCUACCCUUUUGGUGGAUUUAAAUAAAUAUCAACUUUCAAUUUA